AUGGAGGAGAAGGACGUCCUACUUGGUCUCAUUAGCCAGGGGGUCAUCCGAGUCCAGCGAAUCACUCGCAAAGAGCACGGUAAACCAGUCAACACGUCAGCCCUGAUCCUUACGUUUAACAGGAGUUACUUCCCGUCGCAUUGCUAUGGUUGUGUCCGAUACGGCCAUCCCCGUGUGCGAUGUCCUGGUCCGAAACGUUGCCUUAACUGUUCUGCCGAUCAUGAACUGGCGGAGGAUGAACAGUGUGCAGCAGCUGCCCACUGCAUCAAUUGUGGUGGACCUCAUCGUCCGAACAACCGUCAAUGCCCGGUUUAUAAGAAGGAAGUGGAAGUGAUCCGUCUAAAAGUGGAUCAUAAUCUGACGUACCCUGAAGCACGCAAGCGAGUCGAAACAGGGACAGGAAGUUACGCCGCAGCUGCAGCCCAGCAGACUGCCGACCGGAAAAAAUUGGAGGAACUGGAAAAGAAAAUGGAGGAGAAAGACGCCCAAAUUGCUCAGCUUCUUGAAGUGAUGAAGAAGAAGGGCGAAAAGAUCGACAAAUUAUUGGGACACAUUAAACUGAUUCGAACACCGCAAGUUCAACAAACCCCGCUAGCUCAGCCGAGUAAACCGAUCCAUCCUUCUGAAAGUCAAUCGAACCAAGCAAUCGAUUCGAACCUGCAUUCUCAACUCAUGAGAAAAUCCGGAGAAUCGCAGAUAGGCGCACCGUCGAUGCAUCUCAGAAGUAGAUCGCCAGCGACAACGGAAUCUAAACACAACAAGAAGAAGAAAAGGCAUGACAGAAACAACAACACCUCACCCGGCCGACAAAGCCCACCGCUGAAGAAGCCCGUUGAAAAAACACCGACAUCCGACCAGGAAACGAUAAGCGUCGACGAGGAUGAGAUCGAAGAGACGCCCCCUAGUCAGCAUCUUCGAUAA